AUGGCCACCCAGCGUCAUCUCUAUCAGCCCAGCGCUUAUCACACCAGCCUGCCAUCAAAGACCCCAGUAUCGACACAUCUGUAUCCUAUCUCACGAGUCCCUGGCUCGCCGCCAGAGUAUUCAGACGCCAGCACCACUGGGGGCAGUCGCAGCUCCGGUGGUCUCACGUUCAGCUCUGCUGGUCGUAGUGUGGACUACGAUUCCAGCUCGGCGUCGUACUCUGGUGUCGAUAUGGUUGAUAUCUUGAGCGACCGCAUGCAGACUGCAUUUGAUCCAACUUCCCUGGACAAAGGUCUAGCCAAACAAGCGCAAACUUCUGGUCAUCUGAAUGCCAAGCAGCGCGAGCUGCUUGAAUUGCAAGCCCUAGCCCAGCGUCGGCUGAAGGGUGUGCGCUCAAACUUUGCAGAGGGUGUGAAAACCGCGCGGGAGACAAAGCGCGAUUUGGAGUGGACUCAAAAGCGUGUCAGCGCGCUGAAGAGCAAGGCCGAGAAGUCCCACCCGGAUGAAUACCGCCGUUCGGCGAAGAAGUACACUUAUGACGAGUACUGA